AAUGAAUUGUUUACCGUGAUCUUGGAUUCCUUCGUAUCUUUUGCUAUUCCUAUUUUACCAAUCACCAUUUCUGUCUGAUUGAAGUAGUCGUAGUUAAGAAAAUUAAUCUGUUUAAUUAAUGAAUUUUGUUGCGUAUUAGUGAUACAACUUUAUUCUUAAUUACUUUUAAUUGAGAAUAUUCCAACGAAUAUAUGGUGGUGGAACAAGAGUUUGUUACUUGAUGGAGUGACCUAUGAUUAUGCAGCCAUAGGACAGGAAGGAAUUGGAUUGUUUAUAAUCUUAAAUUGUGUUGAUAGUUUUUGUUAUUAUUAGAAAAACAAUUAUAAAGAUGACUGAAUUCAAACUGGUAGUAGUAGGUGCUGGUGGUGUUGGAAAAUCAGCCCUGACAAUUCAGCUGAUUCAAAACCAUUUUGUUGACGAAUACGACCCCACAAUAGAAGAUUCAUAUCGAAAACAAGUUGUUAUAGAUGGUGAAACAUGCCUCUUAGAUAUUUUGGAUACAGCCGGUCAGGAAGAAUAUAGUGCUAUGCGUGACCAAUACAUGAGAACUGGGGAAGGAUUUCUCUUGGUGUUUGCUGUUAACUCAGCUAAAAGUUUUGAAGACAUAGGAACGUAUAGGGAACAAAUUAAAAGGGUAAAAGAUGCUGAAGAGGUACCUAUGGUAUUGGUUGGAAAUAAAUGUGAUUUAACUUCAUGGGCAGUUGAUAUGAAUCAGGCUAAAGAGGUUGCUAAACAGUAUGGUAUUCCCUUUGUGGAAACAUCAGCUAAAACACGAAUGGGAGUAGAUGAUGCCUUCUAUACCUUAGUCAGAGAAAUAAGAAAGGACAAACAUAGCAGAAGUAAACGUCCUCAUAAAUAUAUUGUGGGACACGGACGAGGACCCUUUAAGCUCAGGUGUUCUGUCUUAUAAGCAUCUUCAGAUUUGGACAGUUUGAUUGAAUCUAUAUAUUCAUAGAUCAAUCAUUUGACGCAAUUUUAGGUGAUUUAAAAUGUUGAGAGGAGAGGAUAUAGGUCAUUUUGUUAAUGUUGUGAAAAGAACUACAUUGGUCAUUUCGAUGGUCUUGAUAUUGUGUGGUGGUGUUGAUAAAUUUUUUCUACAAUGGUGAGUCCAAGUUACAGAUUGAAAAAUUUUACAAUUUUUCAUUUGUCAAACAUCAUUAUUGAUUCGAACAUCAAAUUAAGUUAAAAUUUUUCUAUAUAUUCAAACAAAAUUAAACAAUCUUUGUAUAAUUGAAUAUUUCAGUGCAAUUCUUGGAUAAUUAGAAUUUUAAUGAAUGAUAAUUCUUAUAAGCUCAUUUAUAUAUCUUAUGUUUUCAAUGAAUAAUUUUUUCCCCGCAAAAUAUUCUACUUAAAGAUGAAUUAUUAGGUGUACAGAUAUUGAGACAUAUUCUAAUAUAUUUAUGUUUUUAAACAAAUUUGUAAUUAAUUUAACGUCAACAAUAUACUUAAUAUAUUGAAAAAUCAUCGAUUCUGAUUAACCUUAGAAAACAAAUUUUUUAAUAAACCUUUAUAUUAAGUGGUGCUUGUCAUUAAAAAUCUGAAAAUUUUUUACUUCUCUCCCUCUCUACAUUUUGUAACUGAUUAUUAGAUCAUAAAAGCAUGACAGAUACAGAUGCAUAUAGGAAUAAGAUAUUGUUUGCAUGUUUUCAUUUUAAUAAGUCUUGUAUUGAAAUAUAUUAAGAAUUUUUUUUUGUAAAACUGCUGAAGAAAACUACACAUCAUACAUAACCAUUUAAAUCAAAAAAUCAGUUUUUUACAAGUAAAUGUCUAAAACAUAACAAUUAAUUCAAAAGCAGCAUUAGUUGAAAGUCAAUGAUAUUUAUAUUCUUUCUUGGAUUUGACAUAUCUUUUAGAUUUACUUGAAAAUCGAAAUAAUGGGUAAGCUUUGUGGAAUAUGGAAGUGGUCAUAAUCACUUAAAAAGGCGUCAAGCACAUAUUGCUUUCGCAUUAUUCUCUUGUGUGUAAUGUGAUAGUGUAAUUCAAAAACACAACAUAUUUGCAUUGUUAACUGUUGUCACUUGUUAUAUGGUAUGAAACUUUGGAGUGCGUGUUAUUUUUUAGAGAAAACUUUAGCCAGGAAAUUGAUAAAUGAUCUGAAUUCUUCAGGCCAAAAUGGUUUUAGAUCUAUCAGAACUUUUAAUUUACAUAAUAACACAUAUUUAUUAAUAUUGAAUCGAUAAAAACCAAUUAGCAUCAACAAAAGAAGAGGGUUAAUUGCUCAUACCUUUAUUGAAAUUAAUUAUAAUGUCCAGAGCUUGAGUCAAUUAUAGAAUACAAAAACUGCAACAGUUUCAAAUCUGACUAAGGUUUUCUUCAAAAUGAAUUAUCGAAAGUGAAGAAAAAUUUUUGCUUUUUGCAGUAGGUAACGAAAUUUUAAAGGGAUUAAGUGAAAUGUUGAAUGAUUUCAUUAAUAUCAAAGGACUCGUGAUUAUUUUUAUAUUCUCUAUUCCAAUGAACUGCCUGGGGUGUUUUCGGAGACGCUUAUAUCACCCAAAUUGUUAUGGAAUAUGAGGGAUUAAUUCUAAAAAAAUCAAUGCAAUAAAUUAAGUCAGUUGAUACGAGAAAAAUGUUCAUACUUGUGACUUUGUUUUAAUGUUCAAAAUAUUAUUUAUGAUUUGUAUAUUUCCAAAAAAUUCAUUGAUUUGCACAAAUUUUAGCCGAGUAAAGAAUUUAAUUAGUAUUGACAAUCUAUGAAUCUUAGAAUUCUAAGUUUUUAAUACUACAUAAAAUAUCUGAAAGUUUAUAACAAUUUCGAUAAAUUCCCUAUUGAUAAAAAUUUUAGUGGUGCUAAAAUGAGGCCAUAAUUAUUUCCCAAUUAAUUUGAUUUGUUAUAGUAUUUCAUUGUGGAAGUAUUGAAUUUCUGGAUAAUACUUGAAAAUUAUAUAAUACAGGGUUUGCAGCUAUUCAAUGGACUAUCUCUAUUGAAGGGCAAAGGAACAAUAGUAUUUACAACCUCUUUCUUAAAUAUUUUUAUUCAAUUGGUUUCAAGAUGAUUAAAGUUUUAUUAGUACAUGUUUCGGAAAUUAAUUCGUGGAGUAUUUUUUACAAGAAUUCCUUUAUACUUCUAGAUAAAUAGCCUUAUUUUACUGUGAGAAUUGAUUGAUUAAAUUAAUAAUUUUUAGUUUUAUAAAAACCUAUUUUGAUUCAUGGCCAAUCAUUAUAACUGAUAGUUAAUGUAAAUCCAUAUUGUAUAUAAAAUAAAAAUUUAAUGAGAAAAAAUGUAUCACUUUUCAACUUGAAAAUUAUUCAUUAAUAAAAAUCACAUCUUUAUAA